GGCCAUGGAUCUGCUCAAGCUGAACCGCAGCGUACAGGAGCCCGGGUGCCGCCCGGGGGUCCCGGUUCUCAACACCAGUCAUGCCGGCAACCUCAGCUGCGAGCCCCCUCGCCUCCGCGGAACCGGGACCAGAGAAUUGGAGCUGGCCAUUAGAGUUACCCUUUAUGCGGUGAUCUUUCUGAUGAGUGUUGGAGGAAAUGUGCUCAUCAUCGUGGUCCUGGGACUGAGCCGGCGCCUGAGGACCGUCACCAACACCUUCCUGCUCUCCCUGGCAGUCAGCGACCUCCUGGUGGCUGUGGUCUGUAUGCCCUUCACGCUGCUGCCCAACCUCAUGGGCACCUUCAUCUUCGGCCCAGUCAUCUGCAAGGCAGUUUCCUACCUCAUGGGGGUGUCCGUGAGCGUGUCCACGCUAAGUCUCGUGGCCAUCGCCCUGGAGCGGUACAGCGCCAUCUGCCGACCACUGCAAGCCCGGGUGUGGCAGACUCGCUCCCACGCAGCCCGGGUGAUCUUAGCCACGUGGCUGCUGUCCGGCCUGCUCAUGGUGCCCUACCCUGUGUACACAGUGGUGCGGCCAGUGGGGCCUCAAGCACUGAAGUGCGAGCAUCGCUGGCCCAGUGCGCGCGUCCAACAAACCUGGUCGGUGCUGCUGCUAAUGCUCCUGUUCUUCAUCCCGGGUGUGGUUAUGGCGGUGGCCUACGGGCUCAUCUCUCGCGAGCUCUACCUAGGGCUUCGCUUUGAUGGUGACAACAGUGAGACCCAAAGCCGGGUCCGAAACCAAGGAGGCCUGCCCGGUGGGACAGCGCCAGGGCCUGUCCACCAGAACGGGGGUUGCCGACCCGAGACCAGCCUGGGUGGGGAAGACAGCGACGGCUGCUAUGUGCAACUACCGCGGUCCCGACUGGAGAUGACAACGCUGACCACGCCUACUCCUGGGCCUGGCCCUGGCCCCAGGCCCAACCAGGCCAAGCUGCUGGCUAAGAAACGGGUGGUACGAAUGCUGCUGGUGAUUGUUGCGCUCUUCUUCGUGUGCUGGCUGCCAGUGUUCAGCGCCAACACCUGGCGCGCCUUCGACAGUCCAGGCGCGCACCGGGCGCUCUCGGGGGCCCCUAUCUCUUUCAUCCACUUGCUGAGCUAUGCCUCCGCCUGUGUCAACCCCCUGGUCUACUGUUUCAUGCACCGCCGCUUUCGCCAGGCCUGCCUGGACACCUGUGCCCGCUGCUGCCCACGGCCUCCACGAGCUCGCCCCCGACCCCUUCCAGACGAGGAUCCUCCUACCCCCUCCAUCGCUUCUCUCUCCAGGCUAAGCUAUACCACCAUCAGCACACUGGGGCCGGGCUGAGGGUUUGGGGGAGUGGAGGAUGAGAAAAGAUACAUAAUCUCUGUAAACUGAUCCAUGCAAACACAUAAGAAACACAAACCAGGACUAAUCCAGGUGGAACCCAACUCCACACACAGACCCUGCACACAGAAAAUUGUAUCUUCGCUGCCCAACCUGGACCAGACAGGAGCCUCACGCGGGAAAGAAGGCACACUUCUCACGUGGGACUGAGCCCCGCCCUGGAUGCCUGACCCUCACAGACAGUGUCCGUAGCAGUGAACUUUCUCUACACAGGGGGACUCUCACAAGGGCUGACUGGCUCACAUGCAUACAUUAAUGGCAAUCUUCUAGAGCACUCAUAGCCUAGUGCAGCUCCGACUUAGGACAUUGCAAGCUGUCCCCAGUUUGACCUUCCUCAUGCAGCACUGAAAAUAUCAACAGGCCUAAUCACAUGCCUUCCUGAGCUGCAGAUCUUUCAGGACCAAAAAGUCCCCUCCUCCCUUUCCAUUAGGCACUGAGGAAAGCCUUCUCUCCUGCCCCUCCCCCCUCAGCAAACUACGUGACACAAGAAUAAAUGACCCAGCAUCCUCCUGGGCCUCCUGAACACUGGCAGGCAGAUGAGCAGGUGUGGCUUACAUGAAGCUUCUUCAUGUGUUUGCUCCCAUGACUACUCAACCCCGUGUCCAACCUUGUGCAAAAAGGCCUUGGUAUGAGCACAGAUAAGGACGAUCGCAUCCUUUCUCUAUUCUUGUCUUGGUCCUACCCAUACUCCAGAGAUGUGGUAGCUGGGAUUCAAAGUGGCAGGUGGGAUAUCCGUGACACUUCAAGGUUCCUGAGUACAUUCUCCCAUUUGGUGCCAUUGUAAUGUAAUGUAUUAAUGCCAUUAAUGUAAUAUAUUAAUGGCUGCUGGUUAAUUUUUUGAUGAAAAGAUAAAAGAUGAAAGACUACAUAAGACUCAGAUUACUCAAUGGGUGUUUGAAACACCAAGAAUCAGACUGUGACAGGUACAUAGAAGUUAAAGAGUGGGGUAUUUGUGUUACAUACUUGAUCUCCUUUAGGGUCAGAAACUGGCCAAGAUACAGUUGAAUAGUUCAAUGGUUCAAUAAAUACAUGAACAGAGAGACUUGGGGAUGACAGGAUGGAAUACAGGACUGGAGGCCAGUGUGGGUCUCAGAGCCCAACUCAUGUAGCUCCAGAGAACAACAGAAACCAGCAACCUUAGCGCUUCACAGAGGGUUGGGGAGAAGACGGGAGGAGAGAAUGGACAAGGGUGAUCAGAGGAGAGCUGUUGGGAGAGGAGAGGUCCUCGAUGCUUGAUGUGGCGACAGAUGGGAAACAGACCCUCAGUUGGGGCUGCUACUGCUGUGAUGAGACCCCGGGACUGAAAACACGUUGGGGUGGAAAGAGUUUAUUAAAGGCUCCCACUUCCACAUCAUAGUCCACUAUUGAAGGAAGUCAUGCAGGAACUCAAACAGGGCAGGAACCCGGAGGCAGGAGCUGAGGCGGAGGCCAUGGAGGGGUGCUGCUUAUUGGCUUGCUCCCCAUGGCUUGCUCCCCCUGUGCACUGUGGCUUGUAUACCUGCACUCACACUUACAUCAUACACACAUAAUAGUAAUUAACUAUUUUAAAACAAGAAAUAACAGCCAACAGCUCCUCAGCUAGGGGUUAGUACCUUAUGAGCCCUCUCCAUGCUGAGUGCUGAGACAAGGGAGACCAGGAGGGUCUGGUGGUUACGUACGAUAUAAAUAUAUUGUAUUCAUGCAGAAAAAUACCCAAAGAAUAAAUUUAAAAAUUUUUUAAGAACCGUAUUGAUGUAAAUCCUGUGGAGACAAGUAGACCCAAGUUUUAUGAGGCAAGGUAUACAAAAAUUUGGUACCUUUACUAAAGAAAAGAAGACAAAGUUGGUGGCUAUAAAAUUGCUUGGAUCCUGACCCAGCACCUUGCGAGUAAGGAGCCUGAAAUGUAAGCUUCAUUAGCUUUGUCUAACAUCCGCCCACUAACCAACCACCCUGGAGAAAGGCUGGGUGCGGGGAGCGCCGUGAAAAGGGACACCAGGCCCUCUGUUUACCAUUAUAGGGUCAUUUCUAUCCCUAGUUUCUCUUGGGUUCU